UAUAUGCAUCCAGUCCAACAGUUCAAGUUCAGUGCAAGAUAUGGUUGAUAAGUAUUGGACAUAGUCAAUACAGCCUGUGCUGCAGUUGGCGGCAUCAUGACGCUAGCAAUUCUCUGGCACAGGCUGUAUGUCCACCAUAGGCUAGCCGCCAUUAAUAUCCUGUCUACGAGGAACCCGUCACUUGCGGCACUAUUGUUCAGAGACGGCACAAUUCAAUUGACAGCUAUACUACUACUGAACAUAUUUACAACUGUAAUGGUCUUCCUGGACCCUAAUGCUGCAAAUGUUGUCACUUAUUUGCAAUACUCACUCACGUCCGUUCUGAUCUCUCGGGUCCUCCUCAACAUCCGAGCCGCAGCGCGGUCCACACGCGGAGAGCAGUCCCAAACGCCCUCCUUCGUCCGAUCGCAGCGUGGGCUCGAGGCACAAGGGGACGUCGAGGACAUGUCGUUCGAAUUGAACAUCCUCAACAGCACCGAACAAGCCCAGGACACCGAUCGCGCUCAUCCGCAAGACUCUAUUGGACAUGAUGAAAUUAUUGCCGAACCGCGCAGCACGGCGGACAAUGUUUCCACUGCCGGUGACGCUCAGGAGGACGUGAACGAGGAAGAGGGGAUGGACGAAAUCGAGGAAGAGAUGCGGUCGAAUGGGGAGAACGAGGUGUGAGGGGAGAGAACGAUCCUCCAAGCUGAGCUUUCGAUUAACU